CGUCAGAGGAUGUUUGGUGCGCAGGCGCUGCGUGAGCUAGGCUGGCUGCCUAUUGAUGGGAAAACAAGGGGCUGUGGGAGGACAGAUACGGGUGGCUGUGGGCAAACAGAUGAGGGAAGGGAUACAAAGCCAUCUUUCCUGCCCUCACUUUGCAUUAUUGCCUCAAUUCAGUGUGAACUGAAUGUAGUUACUCUUCAUCGGUCGGUUUUACAACAAAGGGAGGCUAAGACGCCGCCUCUUCUUGCCUCAGAAGGUCCUGCCAACAAACAGGAGCAUCACGUCCACUGCAGCAGGCCACAGAGACUGACCUAACAGGACACCAUGGAAGCCCCUCUCGUGUGUUUGGAUGAGGAGUUCGAGGACCUCCGUCCUUGCCGUGUGGAUGAGCUUGACCACCCAGCACUCAAUCACUCCUCUUACAACACCACCACUACUACCGUCCCCUUGGCUUCCAUCACCCGCGAGGAUUUCUCUGAGCUGGAGAACUUCUCUGAGAUGAUGAGUUUCAAGUCUAUGGAGGACCUGGUCAACGAGUUUGACGAGAAACUCAACGUCUGCUUCCACAAUUACAACACCAAGACCGAGGGCCUGGCACCGAUACGCAAUCAGUCACACAACCAGGAGGAUGAGGAGCAGCUGCAGGAUGACGAUGUGUGGGAUGCCCUAACUGACAACUACAUAGCCUGGGACGGUCCACCCUCAGAGGGACUCAACGGCAAUCUUUCUGACCAAGAGAUCCACGAAAAAGAGGAAGAAGAAAUGAACGAAAAGAAUGACAAUGCCAACUGCCUGAACGAAGAACCUCUCAUCACAGCUGAUCAGGUCAUUGAGGAGAUAGCAGAGAUGAUGGAGAACUCUCCAGAUCCUGGUGAAACUGAGGAAGAGGAUGACGACGAGAGCAGUCAUUGCGCCUCCAGGGCUCACCCUUCCCUGCUGGAGGAGAUCAGACAGCUUUCUCAGGCCUCCAACAACAACUGCUCUUAUGAAGGCCUCAGUCUCAUGCCCAGUUCUGCACUGGUUGAGUUGCUGCACCGCGUGGAAGCAACAAUUCGCGAGUACUCUGAGGAACUGGUAAGCCAGCUGGCGCGGCGUGACGAGCUGGAGUUCGAAAAAGAGGUGAAGAACACUUUCAUCACAGCCCUGAUGGAGGUGCAGAACAGGCAGAAGGAGCAGCGCGACAGCAGCAAACGCCGACGCCGUGACAAAGCCCUGAGCCUGCAAGGAGGAGGGAGCGCGGCAUCUGUCAACGCGGGGAAUACAGGCACCCCUGGCCGCACGGAGAAGACAGGGAGCAUGCCUGCCAAGCGCUUCAGUAUGGAAGGACUGUCCAACAUCCUGCAAACGGGCAUCAGACAGACAUUUGGAAGCACAGGGAAUGAGAAACAGUACCUGAACACAGUAAUUCCCUAUGAGAAGAAAGGCAGCCCACCGUCCGUUGACGAUCUGCAAAUGCUCACAAAAAUUCUUUAUGCCAUCAAAGAGGACAGCGAGAAGGUGCCUACGCUGCUAACUGACUACAUAUUAAAAGUGUUGUGUCCUACCUAAAGCAUUUCCCAGCUGGGGGCCAGAGUGUGACAGGAAAUUCUUUCUUCGCGCCGCUGGCCCAAGCUGCAUGAUCUCUCUACUCUCGGGCCAUUAUCAGCCAUGGAUCCUCACCAUCAACAUAAUCACAUUCACCUCAACUAUGACGACUGCCUCUUGCUGAGCUCACCCUCUCCCUUCUUGCACUUAAUUAUGCUUUAGCCAGCCAUUUGAAAUAUUCCAAGUGGGACAACCUUAACCCCCUUUUAAAGGACUUCACUGAUGGAGCAUGACACGCUAGAAAUCACCAGUACUAAAGUGGUGAUACUGCAUUUCAUUCCUCCGUUUUCUUCAGUAUCUAUUUACAUUGCAUUCACAAAUGACCACGUCCCUUUACUGAUUUAAUUAAACCAGAAUGAAUUUGAAUACAGAAGCCAUGCACUGAUUUCUGCCAACAUCGGACUGUAGCUGCGUGAAACGAGGGGAAACACAACUAUUCAGGUGCAGUACAACAUACGGCUAUUUUUAUUUCUUGUUCUUUAUUUCACUCUGUGAAUAUGCGGUAUUUUGUAAUCUCUCUUUAUUUGUAUCAAACAUUUGAUAGGAACUAUGUUGUAGAUUUUUCUACUUUCAUUUAACGUAUCGUCGGCGUGAUCAGUGACACGAACAUGUUCCACACUUAACGGUUGGACAAAUAAGUAUUUGAUCCCCUGCUGAUUUUACUUUACAAAGAUAUGAAGUGUCCAGAACUUUUAUCGUAGAUAUUUUGUAUCAGAGAGGGACAGAAUGUAAUUUUUAUACACUCUCUGAUACAAUAAAGCUACCAUCAAAAUUCUUCCAAAAAAAAACCCUUACAAAAUCACCGGAUCAAAUACUUAUCUUCCCCGCUGUGUUCUUGGAUAGCAUCCUUUGAUGAGACCAACUUUUUCCAGGGAAGCUGUACACAUUUGCAUAUGAUCAUAUUUAUGACUCGUUUGUUGAGAUGUCUAUGUGAAUCUUACAUUGCUUAAUCGCCAAUUCUAAUAAACAUGCUACCCUAA